CGCCGCCAACCCGUGGCUCACCUCGGUGCUCGAGAGGGAUCCCGACUCGGGCCUGAUGGAGGCAUACUACCACCAGCCGUCGCCAAAGCCGUGCUUUGAGGUGCGAGCGGACAUUCUGCUCGCGAGCGGCGCAGCAUACGAUGAGAUGGUGCGCAUCGUCGACCCCGUGGUGUGCAAGACGAGCGACGCUUCCCUCGGCACGGGCGAGCGACUGUGGCGCGUGUGCCUAAUCCCGGACGCCGACGAGCCGGAUGGGCGGUUUGCCCUGGUCGUCAGCGCGAACCACUCGCUCCUCGACGGGCACGGCUUUUACCGCCUCCACACCAUGCUCUCUGCCGGUGCGGCUGUCGAGGCGCUCAACCCCGUCCGCAAGCAGGAGUUGCCCACGCGGAUCCUUCAGGCGUCGGGCGGCGAGGAGAGCGCCAUGGCGGUGUGCCCGCCCGGCUUCCUCGCGCGCUUCCUGUUUGGCCAGCUGCGCGGCGCCCUCUUCCCCUCCACCGUCCACCUUGGCUUCCACGUCGACGAGGAAUGGGUCGCGGCUCGAAAGGCGGAGGAGACGCGCGGAGACUCUUUUGGCACCAUCGCCGACGGGGUUCCCUUUGUCAGCACAAAUGACGUGCUCGUCUCCGCCUUCCUCAGCGCGCUCAAGUGUCGGUGCGCCAUGAUGGCCAUCAACUUUCGCGGCAAGGUCACCGGGUGCGGCGAGGCGGACGCGGGCAACUACGAGGACUUGAUGACAUACAUGCCUCCCGACUAUGCGACGCCCUCGCUGAUCCGCAGGAGCGUGACGGGGCGCGGCGGCGUUUACACACGAGCCGCAGAGCCGCGCACCGCACAGCUGACCAACGCGGAGCACCUGAUGGGUGGCACAUACGGUGCAGUCACCAACUGGGCAUCGUUCGCCAAGGCGCUGAGCGUGGACGGGUGUGAGGCGGAGUACCUCCACUUACCGCUCUUUGACUUCCCAAAGGCGUGCCCCGCCUGCAUAUGUGGCUCGAUGGUCAUCUUUCGUCCCGGAGAAGGCAAGUCAGUCGCGGCCAUGGUUGCGGGCUCGCAGGCGCUGAUCGACGCGGUCAAGGCGAGCGGGAUGGUGGGGCUGCCGCUCCACCUCGGGACACAGCGUCAGCGAGCGGGAGAGGGAAGGUAGGCAGAGCGUGGAGGCGGGCGCUCUGUAGAAUAGACGGGGCGGAACACAGUCAGGCCACCGGACCUGGGCACCGGAACU